AUGGUGUUUGUGAUCUCCCACUCGUGCGCUCGUCGUUUCCCCGCGAUCGAAUUUCGCCAACGACGACGACGUAAACGACGAAUCUCUUUCUUCUCUGAACCCUUCGUCGAGGAAACGAGAGAUGAGGAUAACUCUUUUUUUCUUUUAUUAACCAUCUUCUUCUUUGUAUUCUUCAAACAACAGACGGUCUCUUCGAGCGCGUUCGUCCAAGGCGAAAACGUGACCGUCUCGGUCACCGCCACCAACGCCGGUUUGGCAAACGCUCGAAACGUCGUCGUCAAAGCACCACAGACACGAAACGAAGGGAAGUGGACGCAAGUGAACGAAGAGAGUUUGGAACAAAAGAUGACGAAUUUAGACGUCGGGGAGACGAAGGAGAUGACGUACGUGUAUAACGUGAAAGACGCGGGGACGUAUACGGUGGAACCGGCGACGAUUCAAUAUUUCGCGAGCGAUACGAGAGAGGUGACGAAAGGCGAAUCGAACGUGGUGAAGAACGUGAAAGUUUUGACGCCGAUGCAGAAUAACGCGAGAAAAGCGUUGAGAGUGACUGGUUUUUUCUCGUUGGGGGCAUUGAAUACGGUGGAGGAUUGGUUGAAGUUUUCCAAGUGGAUCGCCGGGACGAUUGCUUUGUUUUUGUUGAAUUGGUUCGCGUUGAAAAUAAAAUACGGACUGCAAUCGUUGCGACGCAUGGCCGCGGUCAGAGGAUUAGAAGGCGACGCCAAGUUAGAAUAA